GAGGAGAACGGAGUACUACGUCCUCUCCCGGCCAAACAUAUCGAUACGGGUAUGGGUCUCGAACGUGUCCUGUCCGUGAUCCAAGGAAAACGAUCUAACUACGAUACGGAUCUUUUUCAACCAAUAUUUAAAGCGAUCCAACGGGAGACCGGUAUACGUGCAUAUACAGGUAAAGUUGGUGCGGACGAUGUGGACCGAAUUGAUAUGGCUUAUCGGGUCCUUGCCGAUCAUGCCCGAGUACUGACCGUGGCUCUGAGCGAUGGUGGACGUCCACAGAAUACCGGUCGAGGAUAUGUGUUGCGUCGUAUUCUACGGCGUGCUGUUCGAUAUUCUGCCGAAGUGUUGAAUGCCAAACCGGGAUUUUUCGCCUCUCUGGUUGACGUAGUUGUGGAGAUUCUGAAAGACACUUUUCCCGAAGUGACAAGCAAUGUUCCCGUGAUUAAGCAACUGAUUAACGAGGAAGAGCAACAAUUUUUACUCACCCUGAAACGUGGCCAACGUUUAUUGUCACGUGAAAUCGCCGCACUUCGCAAACAGACGGGCAAAAAUGACGUACUCCCGGGCAGUGUGGCUUGGCGUUUGUAUGAUACGUACGGUUUCCCGUUGGAUCUGACGCAACUCAUAGCGGAAGAGCACGGACUUCGGGUGGAUGUAGCCGGUUAUGAGAAAGCGAAAGAGGUUGCUCAAGCCCGUAGUCAAGCUGGCCCCGGUGGCAGUGGAACAGUUAUUGAUUUGGAUGUUCACGCCAUUGCUGACCUGCGCAAGAAAGGGUUGAACCCGACAGACGACAUGGCCAAAUAUGACUACAGUGCGAACAAAGAAGGUCAUUAUGUGUUUUCGGAAAUUGAAGCAACGAUCUUAGCUAUUCGAUUGGAAACGGAAUUCACCGAUUCCGUUGACCAACCAGGCCAGGUUUGUGGAUUUGUGCUGGACAAGACCAUAUUUUAUGCGGAGGCCGGUGGUCAGCAAGCUGAUCACGGAUUUAUCACGAAUCUGAAUGAUGAAUCCUCUGAAUUGGGUGUGACCGAUGUACAAUGUCGCGGUGGUUAUGUGCUACACAUCGGUCAAUUAGAGGGCCGAAUGGCUGUCGGUGACAAAGUUCGACUAUCGCUAGACGCGGAACGUCGCUGUGGCCUGAUGCGCAGUCACACGGGGACGCAUGUAUUGAAUUUCGCAUUGCGCAAGGUGCUAGGCGAAUCAGAUCAGAAAGGCAGUUUAGUGGCCCCGGAUCGAUUGAGAUUCGACCUCUCUCUGGAUCGUGGUAUGUCGAGUAAGGAAUUACAAAGUGCCGAAACUGAAUGCGCCCAGUUUAUUCGCAGUUCAGCUGCUGUCCAUGCAAAAGAUGUUUCGUUGUCCACGGCCAAAGCUAUUCAGGGUUUGCGCGCGGUCUUCGGUGAGGCCACCCGUGAAGCUGAAGACCUUCAAAAGGAUGUCAACAUCUUGGAGUCCGAGAUCAAACAAAUCCUUGCUGGUCCUGGUGGUGAUGAAGCAAUUCAACUGUGUCGUGCCCAAAUUGGAAAUAUUGCCACUCUGUCCGAAACGGUGGGACGAGCAAAUAUCAGUCAGGCCGCCCGAAAUACGCUUCGAGAUCAGCUAGGCAGUUGUAAGAAAAGUUUGGAUGAUUUGGACAAGUCCCGGAAAGCGGCAAUUGCAAAUGAGGUUAUGGAACAGGCAACUGUUUUGGCCGAAAAGUAUUCCGAGAAUGGUGACCAAUCCGUCAACUACUUCGUGCAUGUAUUCCCAGCUCAGGCCAAUGCCAAAACACUGAACAACGCGAUGAAGCUUUUUGAAUCCAAAUGUCCCAACACCGCAAUCAUGGCUUUGUCAGCUGAUCCGGUCGAGCGGAAAUUGCUCUGCCUUACCCAAGUUCCCAAGUCCUUGGUCAAUCGAGGGAUGAAAGCAAACGAAUGGGUGAACAGUAUCUCGUCAACGAUGAAUGGGAAAGGUGGCGGGAAGGACACCUUCGCACAAGCCACCGGUUCCCGUUUGGACACGCUGGACGAGUUAAUCCGAGUGGCCAAUCUGUUUGCCAGUACGCGCUUGGCUUCCUAG